CAAAGUAAUAAACACAACAUUGCAUAAUUUACGACGAUCUUAAACUUGAGUGUCGAAUACAUUAGUUUUAAUUAUUUUAUUUAAACGCGACAUGUUAAGAUUUGUUCUUUUUAUUUUUUUACAUGAAUAUUGUGUGUGUGAAAACGAUAAAUAUGAAUAUAUACAAAUAAAUGAUAAUAAUUUUGAUAUUUAUCGACUUUUUUACGGUGACUUAACCAACAUAAAAGAUAUGUUUCUACCAGCUCUUGAUGAGUUAGACGAUGACGAAAGCGAUGAAGAAAAUACAAGCACAACAGAGAAACCUCGCAAUUCGUAUUUCGAAUAUUUAAAUGCAACGAACCAACGACGCGAUAUAGCAGAAUUUAAUGAAAUAACAAAACUCCUCAAUAACGCAACUAGACGGUAUUAUGGCACAUAUCACGGUUGGAUUGAUCCACAGGAUCCGAGAUAUUUUUCGUUUUGGACAUUUUGGUGGGUACACGAGGAGGAUAAGGAAGAUUUAAAAAAAGAUAAAUUAAUUGAUAUUAACAUACAAUUUUUGAUACAUACAAGACACCAGGUAAAAAUCGCUUUAUUAGAAAAACAUGAAAUAAGAUUAGACAAAAGAUACAGGAUAGGUUAUCUAUUUAAUAGAUUGAGAAGGAUAAAAUACGAACAACAGAAGAUAGUAAAUUACGCAAGCGAACAGUUGAAGACGGAUUAUAGAGACUUAACAUCACAGAUAAGACUUUAUGAGAAAAUGGUUCGAUACGAUGUAGACAUAACGGAUACAAUAAAGCUCAUUAAAGAGAUUGAUAAGGAGAAAAUGAAUGAAUUCACAACACAAUUUACAAAACCACCAAGAGAAGAAUACGUGCAAGAUGAAUACGUCCAAGAUGAAUAAAUCAAUUUGUAUUAUAUUUACCAGCUGGUAGGACUUUGUCUGGGUAGGUACCACCCACUCAUCAGAUCUGUAGGUAGUUACUCCCUAGUCUGGGUAGGUACUCCGAAUCAAAAUCAAACACACGUAACAAAAAAUCAUCAAAAUCUAACCAGCUACUCAGGAGGCAUUAAGUCACAACACACGUCCUGAAGAAUUAUAUAUGUUAUAUACAUUACAAUAAAUAUUUUUUUGUGAAAA